AUGAGCAAACAGUCGGUCGAUCAGCUGCUCGACGGAGUUUCAAGCUCCAUAAAGUCGACAUCUAAAUCUGUAGAUGCACUUAUAGAGGCUAUUGAUAGUUAUGGGACGGAAUAUCCAGAAAUGGUGGAGAAUUUGAGGAGGUCUCUAGCAAAGCAUGAUACAGAGAAUGAGCAGAAGGCGGCAGCAGCAGGAGUCUCUCUUCUUUCGUUGAAAAAUUCAUCCUUGCUCGGGUAUUUGGACACUCUUUCACUAAUAGUGCAAUCUAAGCUAGAUGCGCUGCAGAUAGGCGGCGAUAAAGUUGAAGAAAUGCGGGCGCAGGCGGUUCAAAACUCAGUGGUGCAUCGAGUGACGCUUGAUAAAGGUAUAAAGCCGCUUGAAAAGAGGUUGAACUACCAGCUUGAUAAGCUAAUGGAUACGUAUAGAAGAAGAGAAAGAGAAGAGGAAGAAGCCAAGGAAAAAGCGCAAGCGCGGGAGGAAGAUAAGCGCUCAGAGGGCGCAGAUGGUGCCGACAGCGCCGACAGCGCCGAGGAGGAUGCGGAUAUGCUGGAGAACGACAGCGCUGGAUUGCGGUUCCGGCCGAAUGCGGCAGGAUUCAUCCGCAAGGGCGCCGAUAAGCGCCACGAGGGGGCGGGCGCCAAGUACAGGCCGCCAAAGAUAAGCGCAGCGUUGCCACCAAGCAUGCAGGAGGAACAAGACGAGUCAAAGCAGGAAGGCCGCCAGCGCAACUUGCAGAGUAUGGACGAAUACUUGCGCCAGGUUGGCGAUGCGCCAUCUGUGGAAGCGUCAGUUGGCGCAACCAUCAUAAAUGGAGGCCGGGAUGUGAAAUCGCAAAAGCAAAUUGAGAAAGAGCAAGAAGUUACAAGAUAUGAAGAGGAGAACUUUGUGCGUUUACCGGCAUCCAAAGCGAAGGAGUCGAAACGGGAUAGAGAUAAGCGCAUGCGGAAUGAAUUCUUUGGAGAGGAUUGGAGUAUGUUUGGAAAUUCGAGAGAUAUAAGUGAUGCGGGUGGCAUCAAGCGCAAGCGCAAGCAGAGCGCAUGGCAGCGCGCCAGGAAGCGGAUGGACAAAUGA